AUGCUCGGAAGCAUAUGUCGACUACCGCGCAGGCAGAUCAAGAACACUUCAUCCCGCCAUCGCUCGCGGUUACCUGCAGACCCGUCGGAUAGAUCCCACGAUGGUUCAGGUCCAGCCAGUGCAGUUGUAUCGGGGCGCCGGGACGUUGUCCAAGUCUGUGCCUCCUGCUCCGCCAUAGCACGGUUGUGGCCACCGCCGCCGGCUCGUCAUCGGUCACAACCAUCGUGGACGGCCAGCACUUGUUUGCCCGCGGCUGGUGCAUGCAACCGAGCACAUGCGCUCUGUCUCUCGAGGCCGGCGACUCACCGGUGGCCCCCACAGUCGGUCAAGUUCGUCAUAGGGAUUCGAAUUUCUCUAGAAUCGAGGUCGAGGUCGAGGCCGAAGUUGCACGACGGACGUCGCCCGACAUCUUCCGCCUUUACUCUUGCGGCGCUGCACAAUUCCCGUACGGAUAUGCGUGUGUAUGGGAUAUUCUCCGGCUCCCGCGCGGCAUCCCAGGGUGUUGCGUGGCAGGGUUGGGAAUCUGGGGCGAGGCAAAUUGACCAAAUACAGCAAAAUGGCAACGGCUUCGGGGAGUUGAUAUUAAGAUUUGAUGAAGGGGAUUGGCCUACCAGGUUCCAUCAUCGCUUGGAAAGGGGGCUAAAGUGCAUCCCUUUGCCGUUACAUUUCGCUUCCCUUUGUAUUUCGCCUACCCCGGUCCGUCGCCGGCGGCACGACCAGCCCCUGCUCCCCCGAGGGAAAGAAAACGUACGGGGCAUCUCGCAUCAAGUUUCUGCUUUAUUACCCGCGAGAGCUGUUAAGGAGGCUGGUGCAAGUUGUACUCCUUCCCCCAGGGGUUCGCCGAAGCUUUGGCACUAUCGAUUCACCAGUGAAGUCAACCAGGGAGGAGGAUAUGCAGGGCUGUGGUUGACAGGUUCUAGCUUGCCGUUGCAACUUGCAGCCUUGCAGUCCAAGUGUGGUUUUGCAACGGCCAAGAUAUGCCUUGAGUCAUUUGCACGCCGCCCUGCUUGGAGGUAG